CGGCUGCUGGUGCGCGGGCGCUUGGUUUGUGAAGACACCGGACACCGGGGGACCGGACAUCGGGAACCCACCUCCGGGGACCGGAGAGCCGGGAGACUGAGACUGAGGCCGGGGGAUCGCACUCCUUUCCAACAGGUCACGAGAUGGACGAGAGGAAGGACUUGUCUGCAGAUUUCCGGUCUCUGGCAAAGAAGCGCAAGGUGCAGGAUGAAAAUGCAGAGAAUAUCAAUGGGAGUACAGUUAACAAGAACUUGUCUCUACAACGCUCACGGCUUCCACAGCCUUCACUGAAGAGAAUGGAGCUGACAACAGCAGUGGCCAGAACUAAUCCAGCUAGCACUGUGAAGAAGGUUGGCUUCAGCAGUGUCUCCCUGAGCACUUCCAGGAGCAAGUUGGUAUCGAGCAUCCCUGGGAAGGGGGUGAAGAAUCAGUAUGGAGCUCGCCAGGCAAUGACAGUUAAAGGGACAGGGACCAGACCUCCAACUACGGCCACUGUUUCCACUAGCACUGGAGCCGUGUCCAAGAAGCGCCCGGCUUGGGAUUUGAAAGGGCAGCUGGAGGACAUGAAGAAACGGAUGUCAGAGUACUCGGGAAGGCUCCAGAUCUCGGAGCAGCAGAGGAAAGAGUUUCAGGAAAGUGUGGGUCUACAUAGCAAACAUUUGUCUGCCGCCAAUUCACGAAACAAGGAACUUGAAGACAAGCUGCAGGCACUGGAGUCUCUGGUGCAGAGCAGGGAGUCAGAGCUGGAAAAGUAUCAGCGAGAGAAUGCUGCCCUACAGGAGGUGUUGCAGCUCUGUGAGACUCAGAUAGGCAGUUUAACUGCUGAAGUUGAAGACCUAUCCACUGUAACUAAAGAUUUAAAGGCCACAUUAUUGUGCAAAGAAGAGGAGCUUGUGCAAAAGACUUCAUGUGUGGAGGAACAACAGAAGGUCAUUGCCAAUCAGGAAGAGAAACUACAACGUAUGGAACGGGCACUCACAAAUUUAGAACUGGAAAGGCGGAGGUUGCACAAUACAGUGCAAGAGCUGAAGGGGAACAUCCGUGUCAUCUGCCGAGUUCGCCCACUUCUGGAGUUGGAAGGAGGGAAUGACAUAGGGCAUAUUCAAUUCUUGCCCAGUGAUGAGAAGGCGAUUACCCUGUUAAAACAGCAAGAGUCUCGCAUUGGGCACAACCGUAAAGAAGAUGUGAAAUAUAACUUCAGUUUCGACCGUGUUUUCCAGCCAGUGGCUAAGCAGGAACAGGUGUUUGAAGAUAUCUCCCAGCUAGUGCAGUCUGCCCUGGAUGGGUACAACGUGUGCAUCUUUGCUUAUGGUCAGACAGGCAGCGGGAAGACUUAUACUAUGGAGGGGCCUGAUGACUUGACACCUGAGACUAGGGGGAUGAUUCCACGUGCUGUUGAGCAGCUCUUCUUCACUGCACGCAAACUGGAGACCGUGGGAUGGGUGUACAAAUUCACUGCCAGCUUUCUGGAGAUCUACAAUGAAACUAUCCGUGACCUGCUGGUGACAAAACCAGAGAAGAACAUCGAGUACGAGAUCAAGCAACUGAGCAGUACAAGUCAGCAGCUCCAUGUGACAAACCUCAAGUACAUCGGUGUCAACACAGAGGAGGAGGUCUACAGGUUAAUUGCCAUUGCAAAAGCUAACCGUUCAGUGGCAAAAACAGCAAUGAAUGAUCGUUCCUCACGAAGCCACAGUGUCUUCCAGCUGCACGUUGAAGGGACUGAUUCCACCCACGGUCUGCAGUGCACAUCAACCCUGUGUCUAGUGGAUCUGGCAGGCAGUGAGCGCCUGGAUAAAUCUCACUCUAAAGGUGACCGUCUACGUGAGGCUCAGGCAAUCAACACAAGCCUUUCAUGCCUUGGGCAUGUUAUCAUGUCGCUGUCCAACAAGGAGUCUCACAUUCCCUACCGGAACAGCAAGCUGACCUACCUGCUGCAGAACAGUUUGGGAGGCAACUCAAAGAUGCUGAUGUUUGUGAACGUGUCCCCCCUGGAAGAAAAUUUCAGUGAAUCAGUGAACACCUUGCGUUUUGCCCGUCAGGUGAAUGAGUGUAUGAUUGGAACUGCACAGAUGAACCGUAGACACAUCGUGUGAGGGGGAAAUGGGACCCUGAGCCAAGAACUGUAUCGCGUCUUCAGCUAUGCUUGGAUCGUCCAUGUGUGGUUAUCAGCUCUUGGGCUCUGAUUUUUUUAAAUAUAUAUAAAUAUAUAUAUGCAUCAAUUUUAUUGGCAUUUGUAAUAAUCAAUAAAGAUUAAUUUGAUGUG